AUGGGUAACGAUCUUUCAAAGACAUUAAGAGAUAAAAAAUAUAGAGUUAUACGUAAUGAAGACACCGACGUUAAUAAUGAGCAUGAAAUGACUGGCCGUAAAUAUACAGUAGCGAGCACCAAUUUUCCAGUAGCUGAUUAUAAUUUAGAUAAGGAAUAUAGUCGCCAUGAAUACUUCUUAAAAGUCUGGGGCUCAAACUUUUCUUCUCCAAUCGAACCUAUUUUAAAACAUGGUGAUGCCAAAGUCCUUGAUGCAAAAAAAUAUCCUCUUUCAUACUUUACUGGGAUCGAUAUUAUGGAUCCAAAAGAUAUUGCUAUUUCAAAUGUCAGCUUUACACAAGGUGAUGUCUUAGAAGGACUGCAAUAUCCAGAUUGUUCAUUUGAUUAUAUUCAUUUUGGAGAGCUGUUAUGGUCUAUUACAUCAAAAGAUGCAUCUAAUAAAUUAUUUCCAGAAUUGCUACGAAUAUUAAAACCUGGUGGAUGGAUUGAGAGUAUGGAAACUGACAUUAACUUCAUAGAUGUUGGUCCUAACACUAAAUUCCUCUUUGACACAUUGUUUAAUCAUAUUCGAAAUAAUGGCAUUUGUCCCGAAGAAUUUUACAAAAGUACAACGAAAUUAUUUAAAGAUAAUAAUCUUGAAUACCAAGUCGAAGAAAGAAUAAUAUAUUUUGUUGAUUCUGAUUCAGUGUUAUCAGUUAUGAAAUUUGGUUGGUGA